AUGGGAAAGUCUUCGAAAGACAAGCGCGAUGCUUACUACCGCCUGGCCAAGGAACAGAACUGGCGUGCACGGUCCGCCUUCAAAUUGAUCCAGAUCGACGAGCAAUUUGAUCUAUUCGAGCAUGAGAAUCCCGAGAAAGUGACCAGAGUCGUUGAUCUUUGCGCCGCCCCCGGUAGCUGGAGUCAAGUACUUAGCCGGGUGUUGAUUAAGGGCGAGAGUUUCGGACGCCGCUCGUGGGUUGAGAAAAGGCGCAAGGAACAAGCAGCAUUAGCCAAAGUCAACGGCAAUGCAGACGAGAAGGGCAGCCAAGAGACUGCACAGAACACUACAGACGAGGCCGACCCAACUGCCUUGAAGCCACGGGAGAAUGUCAAGAUUGUCUCCAUUGACCUUCAACCCAUGGCACCUCUCCAAGGCAUCACAACCCUACAAGCCGACAUCACGCAUCCCUCCACAAUUCCUCUUCUACUACGGGCAUUAGACCCUGAAGAUUAUGUCUCGACGACAUCCUCUACACCUCACGCUAUCCGCCAACCACACCCAGUCGACCUUGUCAUCUCGGAUGGUGCCCCGGACGUGACAGGUCUCCACGAUUUAGACAUCUAUAUUCAAUCCCAGCUUCUCUUCUCUGCACUGAAUUUGGCCUUGGGCGUCCUCCGCCCAGGCGGCAAGUUUGUUGCGAAAAUCUUCCGUGAGCGUGAUGUGGACCUUCUCUAUUCCCAGCUCCGCACAGUCUUCGAAAGAGUGAGCGUUGCCAAGCCAAGGAGUAGUCGUGCGAGCAGUCUCGAGGCAUUUAUCGUUUGCGAGGGAUUUAUCCCACCAGCUAUCCACGACAGUUCUCUGGGCGUAGACUCUCUGAAAGCCCCUCUAUUUGGUGGUGCAGCUAUCCCGCAGGCGGUAUCACAAGACGGUAACAUCGCCGCAGAGGUACCGGAGGAGCAGGGCACAGCCAAAACUGUGAAAACAGUCACAUCAACCCCUCAAGAUAAAGAUAGCAACACCCAAACCCGUCUGCUACACGAGGACUCAGGCGACUCGACCACACCUGAACCUCUCUUCAAUAAUCCAGAAAAAUUCGCCGCUGAGAAUAGGUGGAUACCCUCGUUCAUUGCCUGCGGUGACCUGUCUGCCUGGGAUUCUGACGCUUCAUACACACUACCACCCGACUAUGUUAACUUGGACCCCGUUCAACCGCCCAUGGCCCCUCCAUACCGACGAGCGCUAGAACUAAGGAAGGAAAAGGGUGGUGCGUACGGUAAGACGAAAUUGGGGACUAUGGGGCGAGCGUGA